UAUUUAUUGCUUUGUGGCUGCUUGAGUCGGAAUGAUGAUGUGACGUAUUUCAGUGUUAAGAAGACGCUAUUGUGCUGCUACUCAACAGAACGGUUGAGGGAAAAAAAAUAAAUAAGACACGUGUAUAUAGUAGAUGUGUUAAAUAUAAAUAUAAGUAUAUAUAUUUCUAGUCGAUUAGGGAGGGGAGAAUGAAGCGGCGCAAUGCGGACUGCAGCAAACUCCGUCGCCCGUUAAAGCGGAGCCGUAUCGCCGAGGGAAUACACGGCAGUACCUUCCUGUACCUGAAGUUCCUUCUCGUGUGGGCUCUGGUGCUUCUGGCAGACUUUGUCCUGGAGUUUCGCUUUGAGUACUUAUGGCCUUUUUGGCUCUUCAUCAGAAGCGUGUACGACUCCUUCAGGUACCAGGGACUGGCGUUUUCUGUGUUCUUUGUUUGCGUUACGUUCACCUCAGACAUCAUAUGCCUGCUGUUCAUCCCUAUGCAAUGGCUGUUUUUUGCUGCCAGCACUUACGUUUGGGUGCAGUAUGUAUGGCACACAGAGCGAGGUGUUUGUCUGCCCACAGUCUCUCUGUGGAUCCUCUUCGUCUAUAUCGAAGCCGCCAUCCGCUUCAAAGACCUGAAAAAUUUUCACGUGGGCCUGUGUCGUCCUUUUGCUGCUCACUGCAUUGGCUAUCCAGUGGUGACGCUGGGCUUCGGCUUCAAGAGCUACGUGAGCUAUAAGAUGCGCCUCCGGAAGCAGAAGGAGGUGCAGAAGGAGAAUGAGUUCUACAUGCAGCUCCUGCAGCAGGCCCUGCCUCUAGAACAGCAGAUGCUACAGAAGCAGGAGAGAGAAGCAGAGGAAGGAGCGUCUAAGUCCAUGUUGGAUGCAGAUCCAACGCAUUUGGCUCAGAACGGCACCAAAAAGCUGCCCAUCUCUUUCCCGGAGCUGGAGCAGCGGGCCAAGAAACAGCACCAGCACAGCAUAGGAAUCAACAACAACAUCCUACACACCGUGGAGUCGAAGCUGCAGGACAUUGAGUACAUGGAGAACUAUCUGAGCAGCAAGAGACUAAACAACGAGCUGAAUGGCUGCACGGAGGACGUGGGUGGCACAGAUGCAAGCACCGCCUCCUCUUCCUCCAGACAUUACAAAAAUUCCUCCCCACGCAGCCACAUUUCCACCAAUGGCAGUGUGCCAUCCUCAUCCAAUAGGAACGAGAGGAAGCAGAAGAGCUUAGGGAAGAAUGCCCAGCGAGAGCUGAUGGAAAACUGUAUACCCAACAACCAGCUCAGUAAACCUGACGCUUUAGUGCGUCUGGAACAGGAUGUAAAGAAGCUGAAGGCUGAUCUGCAGGCGAGCCGCCAGCUGGAGCAGGAGCUGCGCUCUCAGAUCAGCUCUCUGAACAGCGCCGAGAGAAACACUCGCUCGGAGCUCGGCCAGCUCCGCCAUGAAAACGAGCUGCUGCAGAACAAACUUCAUAAUGCAGUACAGUCCAAGCAGAAAGACAAGCAGACCAUCACUCAGCUCGAGAAGCGGCUGAAGUCUGAGCUAGAGGCACGGACAUUAGCUGAGAAACAGCUGAACGAUGAGAAAAAGAGGAAAAAGGUGGAAGAGGCAACAGCUGCCCGGGCUGUCGCUCUCGCUGCUGCGUCUAGAGGGGAGUGCACAGACUCCCUGAGGAGUCGAAUCCGAGAGCUGGAAUCUGAAUGUAAGAAGCUCUCCCAUGACCUGAAGUUCAAAGAGGAGCAGCUUCGAGAGCUGGAGGGCAAAGUACAGGAACUGCGCAAGUACAAAGAGAACGAGAAAGACACAGAGGUCCUCAUGUCAGCUCUGUCAGCCAUGCAGGAUAAAACGCAGCACCUGGAGAAUAGCCUGAGCGCCGAGACUAGGAUCAAACUGGAUCUUUUCUCAGCGCUAGGAGACGCCAAAAGGCAGCUUGAGAUCGCACAAGGUCAGAUUUUGCAAAAGGAGCAGGAGAUCAAGGAGCUGAAGCAAAAGAUAGCAGAGGUCAUGGCGGUCAUGCCGACCAUCGCAUAUUCGUCCGAUUCCAACAGCAUGCCUCCUAUUUCACCUCACUACUCGUCAAAGUUUAUGGACACAAGCCCAUCUAGCCUGGACCCCAACGCGUCCGUCUAUCAGCCGCUUAAAAAAUGACCCCGUUUGUUGACCAGGAUCAGUAUGCAUACCUCCUUAAGAGUUUUCUUUUUUUUUUUUUUUUUUUACUAUUAUUAUUAUCAUUCCUUUUCAGUAAUCUGUACUGUGGUGUUGAUUAAAUUACAGGAGAAACAGGAAAGGUUCUAGGUUAAGAGAACCUGAUUUGAAGUUUGCUUAGUUAGUUGUGCUAUGGCUUACCUUUACUGCACAAAGAUUUAAUUUCGCUGUCUGCAUUUUUGUGACUGUAAAUGCUAGCCAGAGUGGCAGUUUUUUGUUAAAAUAAUAUUAAUUACUUUAAAUGUAAUUAUUUUCUAUAUAUAUAAGUAUUCAUAAGUUACCAAUUUCAAUGUUUAAACAUUUUGUUUAAUUAUCUUCCCAGUAUUACCGUUUCUCUCAGACCUAAACCAGGUCUACUUGGUUGCCUUUAUUUUUUUAUUUUAACAGUUUUCCUGAAGUAUCAACAGUGUUUUUAUUCGCCCAUGUUAAUGACAAAUUUCAGAAGAGACUAAUAUUGGU